GCGCUCGUGAUUCGCGGAGGAGGCCGCGGCGGCGACGGUCUGCGAUUGGCUGCCGUUGGCGCGAACGCGUCGCGCGCCGCGGCGGUUCUGAGGCGGCGGCCGAAGGAGGGGGGGAGAGAAACCGGCGGCGGCCUCGCAAAACAAUAGAGGCGUGCCCAGCCAGCCAGCCAGCCAGCCAGCCGCCGGGAACCGGGAGCCGCGACGCCGCACGCGCCCCUUCGACGAGUCGGCAUCAUGGCGGAUAAGGAAGCUGCCUUUGAUGAUGCAGUGGAGGAACGAGUGAUCAAUGAAGAAUAUAAAAUAUGGAAAAAGAAUACUCCCUUUCUUUAUGAUCUUGUAAUGACACAUGCCUUGGAAUGGCCCAGCUUGACUGCUCAGUGGCUCCCUGAUGUAACCAGACCUGAAGGUAAAGAUUUCAGCAUUCAUCGGCUAGUUCUUGGGACUCAUACCUCUGAUGAACAGAAUCACCUUGUGAUAGCCAGUGUCCAGCUCCCUAACGAUGAUGCCCAGUUUGAUGCCUCGCAUUAUGAUAGUGAAAAGGGAGAGUUUGGGGGCUUUGGAUCUGUUAGUGGAAAAAUCGAAAUUGAAAUAAAGAUCAACCAUGAAGGAGAAGUGAAUAGAGCACGCUACAUGCCUCAGAAUCCUUGCAUUAUUGCCACGAAAACUCCAUCCAGUGAUGUUCUGGUAUUUGAUUAUACCAAGCAUCCGUCCAAGCCAGAUCCUUCUGGCGAGUGCAAUCCAGAUCUGCGUCUUCGGGGGCAUCAAAAAGAAGGCUACGGCCUGUCUUGGAACCCAAACCUAAGUGGGCAUUUGCUUAGCGCAUCUGAUGAUCAUACUAUUUGCUUGUGGGACAUAAGUGCUGUUCCAAAGGAAGGGAAAGUAGUGGACGCUAAAACUAUCUUCACUGGUCAUACAGCUGUGGUGGAAGAUGUUUCCUGGCAUUUGCUCCAUGAAUCUCUUUUUGGCUCUGUCGCCGACGAUCAGAAACUCAUGAUCUGGGACACCCGUUCAAACAACACUUCCAAGCCAAGCCAUUCGGUGGAUGCUCACACUGCUGAAGUGAACUGCCUGUCUUUCAAUCCUUACAGCGAGUUCAUCCUGGCUACUGGAUCAGCUGAUAAGACUGUUGCGUUGUGGGAUCUGAGAAACUUGAAACUAAAGCUGCAUUCCUUUGAGUCACAUAAAGAUGAAAUAUUUCAGGUUCAGUGGUCACCACAUAAUGAAACUAUUUUGGCCUCCAGCGGUACUGAUCGCAGGUUGAAUGUCUGGGAUUUAAGUAAAAUCGGAGAAGAACAAUCUCCUGAAGAUGCAGAGGAUGGUCCUCCUGAAUUGCUGUUUAUUCAUGGGGGUCACACUGCAAAGAUAUCUGACUUCUCCUGGAAUCCCAAUGAACCCUGGGUAAUUUGUUCUGUAUCAGAAGACAAUAUAAUGCAAGUUUGGCAGAUGGCAGAGAACAUAUAUAAUGAUGAAGAUCCUGAAGGAAGUGUGGAUCCAGAAGGGCAAGGAUCUUAGAUACUUGGCCCCUUUUCUUGUUAUUUCCCUCUUACUGUCCUCUUCCUGCCUUGUUCUAACUAUCCUAAGAUCGACAACAUUGCUGUUUUGAGAGAGACAAAUCACACACUGUGCAUUCAGCGGCUCAUUUGUGAAUGCUGUUCAUCUGAGAAUGUAAAAGGUUGCUGUCGAUUCUUGACAGACUGACCGUUUUUCUAACCAUUUCUCUUCUAAAGAAUUUGUGAGUUAUGCUAGUGUGAAUGGUCUGUUGCCACAACUACAAGAUUAAUUUGUGAUUUAAAAAAAAUUAUACAAGGUAUGCUUGAACUGUCGCAGUACAAAUGUUGAGUGAAUUUAAGAGUGGAGAGGAUUCUCUCUUACUAUAAAUACUUUUGAUGCCCUCCGUAAGAGAGUUGGCAUUGCUUUUGCUCUCUAGGCCUCAAGUUCUCUGUGGAUAAAUCCAAUACAAGCUCAUCAGUUCUCAUCCUCGUCUCUAGCUGCUAUCCGUGAUCUCUUUCCGGAUUUCUCUGUAACAUCUUGUUUCCUCUGGCAUCUUCUGGUGAGGAUGUUAGGAUAUGACUAUAAUACAGUAAUAGCCCAUGUACCUGCACAUUGCUUGGCUCUCUGCCUCUUUCAUGAAAUGUGUUUAUCCUUCAUUUCCUGUUAACUGUUUUUGUGUUUUAACUUGGGAGACCGAGUUGUAAAAGGUGUUUGUUUCGGCUGAAUGAUAGACCGCAGACCUUAUGCCCAGCUUCCUGGAAUUGCACGCUGGUAGCAGGUAUACAUAAUAAAGAAUGGUGAAAAUGUGGAUAACAUACUGUUCAGCUUGCCUCAAAAUAUUUGCUGUGUGGGUUUGAUAAACUGUUUCACCAGCAGCCAAUGUAACUCUUCAUGGACCCUGUACAAAAGCUUCAAGUGAAAUAAAUUCAUUUUUUUAUGUAGAA